GGCGCAGCUGAGGCGAGGGGAAGGGGGCGAGAUGGCGUCGUGCGUGGGGAGCCGGACCCUGAGCAAGGACGACGUGAACUACCGCCUGCACUUCCGCAUGAUCAACGAGCAGCAGGUGGAGGACAUCACGCUGGAGUUCUUCUACCGGCCGCACACCAUCACCCUCCUCAGCUUCACCAUCCUCAGCCUCAUGGCCUUCGCCUUCACCAGGGAUGAUUCUGUCCCAGAGGAUAAUAUUUGGAGGGGUAUCCUCUCUGUGAUUUUCUUCUUUCUAAUCAUCAGUGUUCUAGCUUUUCCUAAUGGACCCUUUACUCGUCCCCACCCUGCAAUAUGGAGAAUGGUUUUUGGUCUCAGUGUGCUCUAUUUUCUGUUCCUGGUGUUCGUGCUCUUCCUUAAUUUUGAGCAGGUAAAAGCAGUGAUGUACUGGCUGGAUCCUAAUCUUCGAUAUGCCACAAGGGAAGCAGAUAUUAUGGAGUAUGCUGUGAACUGUCAUGUUAUCACGUGGGAGAGAAUCCUUAGCCACUUUGAUAUAUUUGCUUUUGGGCAUUUCUGGGGCUGGGCUAUGAAGGCUUUGCUGAUCCGGAGCUAUGGGCUGUGCUGGACUAUUAGCAUCACCUGGGAGCUCACUGAACUCUUCUUCAUGCACCUUCUGCCUAAUUUUGCUGAAUGCUGGUGGGAUCAAGUCAUUUUGGACAUCCUGCUUUGUAACGGGGGUGGCAUCUGGUUGGGCAUGGUAGUUUGUCGUUUCUUGGAGAUGAGGACCUAUCACUGGGCAAGCUUCAAGGACAUUCACACAACCACAGGGAAAAUCAAAAGAGCUGUAUUACAGUUCACCCCAGCCAGCUGGACCUAUGUCCGCUGGUUUGACCCUAAGUCUUCGUUUCAAAGAGUGGCUGGAAUCUACCUUUUCAUGAUCAUUUGGCAGCUGACUGAGUUGAACACAUUCUUUUUGAAACACAUCUUUGUGUUCCAAGCAAGCCACCCUUUAAGCUGGGGGAGAAUUCUCUUCAUAGGAAUCAUUACAGCACCCACUGUAAGACAAUACUAUGCAUACCUCACGGAUACACAGUGCAAGAGGGUGGGAACUCAGUGCUGGGUGUUCGGGGUUAUUGCUUUCCUUGAAGCUAUUGUGUGCAUAAAGUUUGGACAGGAUCUUUUUUCCAAAACACAAAUACUGUAUGUUGUGUUUUGGCUUCUCUGUGUGGCCUUUACAACUUUCCUGUGUUUAUAUGGUAUGGUUUGGUAUGCAGAAUACUAUGGCCACCGAGAAAAGACCUUAUCAGAAAGUGAAGACAGCCCAUACAGUCCCGAUGCUUCCUGGCUUCAUUCUAAAUUCGGCAGAGGUGCUGACAAUAGUCCACCAAAACAUUCAGUCAAUAGUGAAAGCCAUUCAUCUAGAAGGAGGAAUCGGCACUCCAAAUCAAAAGUAACGAAUGGAAUCGGCAAGAAAUAAGAAUGGUCUCUGAAGAUAUCCUACAGUGUGACCAGAGGUGACAAAGAAAAUCAGACCUGGCUCUGAAUUUCCAAAUGGAAGAUUGAUUUUUAAAUUUAAAAGUUAAAAAAAGGAGGUGUUGAGGAAAAGGAUGAUCAAGAUGGAGCCACCAGUGUAGUGCAAAUCAUUGCCUGCUGACACUUGCCAUUCACUGAUUUAAAUCUAGUUUCUUCAGCAUGUGGCACCAAAAGCUAAUGAAGAGUACGCUGGAAAGAAAAGUAAUUUUGUCAUAGCAGAUACACCCUGUUUUGUGUUCAGGUGUUGCAAGUGCAUUUUUAAUAUCUUAGUUGAGGACUUGAACACAAAGGUUAGUAAACUGAUAAUCAGUUGGCAUAGUUGGUUGGAAUUUUUUGUUUUGUUUUACUGUGUUUUUGUUGUUUUCUAGAAGGGUAUGCAAUCCUUUGACUAAAAGCAACUCUGUCCUUAGUCUCACAACUAAACUUUUCUAUACAACAGUUAGUAAAUAUUUAAAAUUUCCAUACUUGUAUCCAGCUGCUUCC